UUGACGCUUUGUGUGUUGGUGACGAUGGCAGUGAGCCCAAGACUCCGUUUUUUUGUCAGUGUGUGUGAAGUGCUGGAUUGCCAGUCAUCUGUGAUUUUAUUUCGGAAUAACGUUGACGUAAUCGAAUAGGCUCUCUGACAUUGUGAAGACGUCAUGGAUUUCGCGUGAAUCUCCGAUUUUUGAUCACCUCGACAACAUUGUUUUGAAGGCCUGUAGCUACUGCUAACUAACGUUACAGGGAAAAACUCGAGCUACUGUGGCUAGCUAGCGGUGAAACCUGGGCCGAGGAAAACAAGUGAGGCGCUGGUGCUAAUUGUUGUCGUUUUUGGAGUUCUACUACUCAAACCCUUUAAUCAAAUGUUGACUGGUCGUCUUAUGAAUUCGAAUGGUGGAUAUAAGGCAUCGUAACAAACUUGUCAGACUUCUUUUCCUAGCCAUUUAAUAGCAAUUUAGCAAUAAGCUAACUAACUUAGCUUAUUAGCUACUUAUUCCAGCGCUUGCUAGCCAGCCAGCUAAUGCUAAAGUAUUAACUUAGCCAGCUAGCUAGCUGGUUGAAGUUCUUGGUAUGAUUUCUAAAGUACAGUAACUAUUUAAUAUUUGUGAUGUGUGUAAGCUUUGAGUAUGACACCGUUUGGUGUCAAUUGAGAGUAAUUCACAGGUUGCUACAUAUGUUAGCUUAGUAAAUUAGCCCAGUUACCUAUUCUUAAUAUCUAAUCACACCAGUAAGUUCAGUUCGGCAACUAUAACGGGUUAUAGCGAGGUAGCAAAGUUUCCCCAUCAAGUGUUUUUGAACAGCAAUACCAUUAAAGGUUCAUUUAAACCACCCAUUUGCAUUGAUCAGUCAGAUUCUUUCCCAUAUGAAGCAUCACUGUCGAGAGUGGAUGUUGUCUGUAUCAGCAGAUUACGUUUGUUUUUCUUGGCACUGCUGAUUAACGGCCAACACGUGAGCAGCUGCAGGUCAUACAAACUUACUGAUCGGCCCUUGCGCGAUACUUUCAAACGACACAAUGAAUCGCUAUCUGCCAGUUGCACGACAGCACUUCUUGGGUGCAUUAACCAACACUAGCGUUGUGGUGAAGUCCAUAAGUGCCAUAGUGCUACUUCUGUAUCUGCUCUCGUGGGCAGUUGACACUCCAUACGCCCUGGGUGUGACGCCUGGCUACCUCUUCCCCCCUAACUUCUGGAUCUGGACCCUGGUGACCCAUGCUGUGGUAGAGCAGCAUGUGUGGGGAUUGGUGGCCAAUGUUGGGACUGUCAUGGCCUGUGGCAGGCUGUUGGAGCCUCUGUGGGGCGCCUUGGAGCUGCUAAUCUUUUUUGCCGUGGUCAACAUCUCUGCAGGCCUCCUGGCGGGCCUCUGCUACUUGCUCACGUAUGUCGCCACCUUUGACCUGGACUACUUGUUUGCUGUGCGAGUCCAUGGGGCACCAGCUUUCCUCGGGGGGGUGUUGGUGGCCCUCAAGCAGACCAUGGGGGACACAACUGUGCUGCGGGUUCCACAGGUGAGGCUCAAAGCGUCCCCGGCGUUGGUCCUCCUCUGCCUGGCCCUGCUACGCCUCUCUGGCCUGCUGGAGAAUGCCGCACCACUGGCAGCCUACAGCUUUGGCGCCCUGGCAGGCUGGGUCUACCUGCGCUUCUACCAGAGGCACAGCCGGGGCCGUGGGGACAUGUCAGACCACUUUGCCUUUGCCUCCUUCUUCCCUGAAGUGGUGCAGCCAGUGGUGGGGCUGCUGGCUGGCCUGGUGCACGCAGCCCUGGUGAAGAUCAAGGUGUGCAGGAAGAUGGUGAAACGCUAUGACGUCGGGGCACCUUCCUCCAUCACCAUCAGUCUGCCGGGGGUGGAUCCCCAGGACACAGAGAGGAGGAGGCAGUUGGCGCUGAAGGCCCUGAACGAGCGACUGAAGAAAGUGGAGGACCAGUCAGCCUGGCCGAGCAUGGACGAUGAAGAGGACGACGAUGAGGACGAGGUUCGGGCCGACACCCCGCUGCUCUCUGGACAUGAGAGAACCUCGCCAUUAGGGGGGUCUAAUGGUUCCCAGAACACCACGGGACAGGAGUCCAGCAUCAUCAGCUUUGAGGACGCUCCCUCCAGCUCAUAACAGACACACUGAUACACACUCAGCUAUACUAAGUUUUGAGUAGCACACACACUACAGUGACUACACCCACCCCCCCCCACACACACACACACACACUAGCUCUAGCAGUUUUUGACACAUUGUCAGGCUUAUCAGUUUUUCGCUCUGACUCGCCGAAGUUGUACACAGAUUGCUCUCCUGGCCCCACCCGCAUAUGUCCAUUGAAACAUGAAUGCAAUGUACAAACACAUUGGACUCUCCCGAGUUUGUCACGUCUCUCCUGAAUAAACUAUUGAAUGGUUGUACAAAAUGUUUUUUUAAUUACAGCUCUUUUGACCCGAGACACCUGCUCCACACCUGCUGCUCUCGUCUGACUCCCAGACCUUGUGUCUGAGACUCUUGGCAAACUCUCCAUCUGUUGCUGUGUGUUGCUAUUGUCCCAGAGCAAGCUUUCAGCAGACGGAUGCAUAUUCUCAAAGGUUUUCUAGCUCAUCCUUUUGUGCUGAUUGGUGUUUAGUCUUCAAUGUCUUUUACAUCUAUUCUCUCUUCUCCAUCACUGAAAGACUGAAAGACAGUUACGGCCAAAUAUAUAUUGACACACUUGCACUUUUCUUAACUAAUUCCCUAUUACUUCUAAAAUAAAUUGAAAUGGAAAAACAAACAAACAGUAACCACAUACUGGAUUUUCGACAUUGCAGAACCAAUUUAGCUUAUCAUUUUAAUUUAGAAAGUAAAGACCAAUGACAUGGACAAAAUAAUUGGCAACCUUUGGCCAAGAUAACUGCAGAUAAACGCUCCAUCAAUGAGCUUGAUCUUGAUCUUGAGCUUGAUGUUGUCCUGCUGGAAGACCCACAGCCUUCAGUGGAGACACAUUUUUUGGACACUGGGUUGAACACUGGACUCCAAAGCACCUGAUAAUCUGCUAAUUUCAAGCAAACCCACAGCAUUACCAAACCUCCCCCAUCUUUGAUUGUAGGGAGGGUGUUAUUUCAUUGAAAUAAUAAAUAAUUUGUCAGUCAACCCAGAUCUGUAUUGCCAAAGAGUUCCGAUUUUGAUUCAUUGGUCCACAGAACCUUUUCCCUGGGAUUUAGGCUUGUUUAGGUGGGUUUUUGAGAAGUUCAAACAGGCUUUUUUUUGUCUCCAGCAGUGGGGUCUUCCUAUGUUUACUAACAACCAAAUUAGGCAUUCAAAGAAUUGCAGAUUAUCAAGGUGCUUUGGAGUGCAAUGUUCAACCAGGUGUCUUUGUCAAAGGUUGUGGAUCUUCCAGUAGGACAACAACCAAAAACACGCAUAAAAAGAACCCUGGACUGUUCUAAUAGUCAGUGAAGGGUCCAGAUCUGAAUCACAUCUGUGACGAUCCAUCUAUGGCGAGACAGGACACUUCUCAAACAUUGAAGAAUAAGAGCAGUUUGUUGCUGAAGAGUGGGCCAAAUUGCCAGAAGAAAAGGUACAGAAAACUUAUUGAUGGCUACAGGAAGCAUUUGUUGGAAUUUCUUGACUGAGUACUAGCUCCCGGGUGCCAAUGAUUUUGUUCAUGUCAUUUGUAUUUAUUUUCUAAAUUAAAAUUGUCAACUGAAGUUUGCAAAAAUAAAACUGGUUCUGCAAUGUGGAAAAUCCAAUAACAAUGUGUGGAGACCAAACUUUACUAUUUCAACUUAUUUUAGAAGGGUGUCAAUAUAUUUGGCAACAACUGUAGGUCUUGAUUUACCCCCAGCUACUUUACCACUGCUAGAUCUCCUGUUUUCAAAUGUUUCCAACAUUUAUGGGGCACCUGAUAAUUGGACAAGUUGCUCUGUGGAUGAUGAUGAUGUGGUUGUUUAUUGUUUAUUUUUGCUCUGGAGUUGGAUUACUCGAAGGGGAACCAUGGCCAUAAUAGGUUGAAGGUGGGUGGGUCUAUCUUCCUUUUUGGUCAUACUGUUGAUUUGUGUUCUGUCAGAAUCUUUAGUUUUUCUGGCCAGCCAGUUUUAUUUUGUUUCUUUUUACCUGAAUGAGUGUAACAGGGAGAGCUAGAAGACUAGAUGUUGUACACAGUGGUUUCCUGUCAUUUCUGAAUGGUUUUGGCCUGACAAAGUUCAGCAGCUUUUGACAAUGACGGAACAAUACAGCCACUGAUGCAGGCUCUCUUCUCCCCAGGGAACAUCUUGUCGAAAUCUCUUGCUCUUUGUUUCUUUCUAGUUUCUCAUUUUUUCCCACUAUCUGUGUAACGUCUCUGAAUGUUGGUUAAGAUAAGAUCUGCACUCUUGAGUCUUUAAAUCAAAUAACUUAUUUACGAGGUUUGAAAUGUUAAGGUGUGGUGAAGGAUGCCAAUGCGGAUGCAGUUCUGUUUAAUUUGUUGGUGAAGGUGGCCCAAGGAUUGGUUCUGAUGCAGUUCUGUUUAAUUUGUUGGUGAAGGUGGCCCAAGGAUUGGUUCUGAUGCAGUUCUGUUUAAUUUGUUGGUGAAGGUGGCCCAAGGAUUGGUUCUGAUGCAGUUCUGUUUAAUUUGUUGGGGAAGGUGUCUCGAAGCUUGGUUUUCACAGAUUUUCCAUGCACCAGACAGGUUUCCACUAACGAUGUUGUUUCUCUUUGUACUGUGACCGUUGCGCAGACUCCUAUUUAGUUUCAGAUAUUUCUCUGUCUCUAUAUGAAAUAAAAUACGAUUGUAUGAAAUGUAA